AUGCCCGAGAGAGUCAUUGUCGUCGGUGCUGGCUUAUCCGGCCUGAGCGCCGCCCACACCAUCUACCUUGCUGGAGGCAAUGUAGUGCUCCUUGACAAGAACAACUUCAUGGGAGGCAACUCCACCAAGGCCACAUCCGGAAUCAACGGUGCCCUCACCAGGACGCAGGUCGAUGCAAAGAUUGGCGACAGCGUCAAGCAGUUCUACGAUGACACACUCAAGUCGGCGCGCGACAAGGCCCGCCCAGACUUGAUCAAGGUCCUCACCUACAAGUCGGCCGCUGCCGUCGAGUGGCUGAUGGACGUCUUCAACCUCGACCUGACUCUGGUCUCGCGCUUGGGUGGUCACUCCCAGCCCCGAACCCACCGUGGCCACGAUGCAAAGUUCCCCGGCAUGGCCAUCACAUAUGCCUUGAUGCAGCGAUUCGAAGAGCUUGCCGAGCAAGAGCCCGAGCGCGUCCAGCUGGUCAAGAAGGCCAAGGUCACCAAGGUCAACACCGAGGGCAACCGCGCCACCGGUGUCACAUAUACCUUCAACGGCGAGGAGACCACGCUCGAGGGCCCCGUCGUCCUGGCCACUGGUGGUUACGCUGCCGACUUCACAGAAGACUCCCUUCUCAAGAAGUGGAGGCCAGACACGUACGACCUCUCCACCACCAACGGCGCCCACGCCACUGGUGACGGACACAAGAUGCUCAUGAAGAUUGGUGCCAAUGGCAUUGACAUGGACAAGGUCCAGGUCCACCCCACUGGUCUGGUAGACCCCAAGGAUCCCACGGCCAAGACCAAGUUCCUGGCUGCCGAAGCUCUCCGUGGUGAGGGUGGUAUCCUCCUCAACAACAAGGGCAAGCGCUUCUGCGAUGACCUCGGCCACCGUGACUACGUCUCCGGCAUGAUGUGGGGCGAGAAGGAGAAGGGCAACUGGCCCAUCCGCCUCGUGCUCAACUCCAAGGCAUCCAACAUCCUUGACUUCCACACCAGGCAUUACUCUGGCCGUGGCCUGAUGAAGAAGAUGUCCGGUAAGGAGCUGGCCAAGGAGAUUGGUGUGAGCGAGAAGGAGCUCCAGGCCGAGUUCCAGAGCUACAACUCGAUUGCCAAGGGCGAGAAGAAGGAUGAGUGGAACAAGAAGUACUUCCACAACCUGCCCUUUGACAUCAACGACACCUUCCACGUUGCCCAGAUGGAGCCUGUGCUCCACUUCACCAUGGGUGGCAUUGAGAUCAACGACCAGGCACAGUGCUUGAACUCCAACGGCGAGCCAUUCGAGGGUCUGUAUGUCUGCGGUGAGCUUGCUGGCGGUGUCCACGGCGCCAACCGUCUCGGCGGAUCAUCACUUCUGGGCUGCGUUGUCUACGGUCGCGUAGCAGGAGAGUCUGCAUCCAAGUACCUCUUCCAACAGGCGCUCAACAAGUCCGGUGGUGCUGCCGUAUCUCGUCUCGGUCAAAUCUCGCUCCACAUUGACCCGUCGCAGCCUGGCAAGGUGUCUGUAGAGUGGGGCAACGGUGUUAGCAGCUCGCAGACUAGUGUCAGCUCGGCAGACCCCGUUGCACAACAGAAGCAGGCGUCGGCGGCGCCUGUCUUGUCGAGCAAGGCCGACUCGAGCGACCCGGGCAAAGUUUCCAAGCCCAAUGCGCCCCAAAAGUUCACCAUCCCUGACAAGGAGUUUACGCUCGAGGAGGUUGCCAAGCACAACAAGAAGGACGAUCUGUGGAUUGCCGUAAAGGGCAUUGUCAUGGACGUCACCAACUGGACGGACGAGCACCCAGGCGGCCCCCAGGCGCUCUUCAGCCACAUGGGCAAGGACGCUUCCGAGGAGUUUGAGAUGCUGCACGAUGAUGAGGUUAUUCCCAAGUAUGCGCCCGAAAUUGUUAUUGGACGCGUCAAGGGUCAAAAGGUUACUCUGGAAUACUAGAGGUUGGAUUCCCAUACUGUCUGUACUUAUAGCCUGUUCUUUUUGAAAUCAUAUCAUUUACAAGUUCAU